AUGGAGGUACAGACAUGUGGUAAGCCCAUUGACUCGUUGCUCGAGAAGGUGCUCUGUAUGAACAUUCUAUCUUCAGACUACUUCAAAGAGCUUUACCGGUUAAAGACCUACCAUGAAGUUAUUGAUGAAAUUUACAACCAAGUAGACCACGUUGAGCCAUGGAUGACCGGGAAUUGCCGGGGGCCGUCCACCGCUUUCUGUCUGCUUUACAAGUUUUUCACCAUGAAGCUCACCGUUAAGCAAAUGCACGGUCUCUUAAAGCACGAAGACUCUCCUUACAUAAGAGCGGUUGGGUUCCUCUACUUGAGAUAUGCUGCAGACCCGAAGACUCUGUGGAAUUGGGUUGAACCCUACAUUAAAGAUGAGGAGGAAUUCUCUCCUGGUUCUAAUGGACGAACGACAACUAUGGGUGUAUAUGUGCGCGAUUUGCUUCUUGGACAGUACUAUUUUGAUACCCUUUUCCCCCGCAUCCCUGUUCCUGUGUUGCGUCAGAUUGUAGCUCAUCUGGAGAAGAUGAAACUCCCCACUAAACUUUCUGGCAUUACAGGGGAAGCUACCCGUCAUGGAUCUGAUGACACAGCCCGACGCCCCCCUUCUGUGAAAGCGGCACUUUCAGUUUCCUUUGGUCAACGUGCCCCACAUCGUGCUUCAACAAGGGACUCAUCACCUGUUCGUCGUACGUUACCGCCACCACCACCUUAUGACAAAGCCAGCAGUGAUGAUCUACGGACCCAUCGCAGCCAGAGCCGUGAGUAUUCUGACAGAGAAUAUUCGGAGAGGGACAGGGACAGGGACAGAGGAAGAGACCGGGAUCGGAAUCGAGAAAGAGAAAGAGAAAGGGAUAGUGAUCGGGAUCGAGAAAGAUACAAGGAACGGGAGCGGGAUCGAGACAGAGACAGAGCAAGGGAGAGAGUUAGGGAUAAGGAAAGGGAGCGAGAGAAAGAUAGAGAACGCAGUUCUGAUUAUGAUCGAAGGUCCAAAUAUACAGAGAGAGAUAGCCGAAGAGACCAAUAUGAGAGUAGCCGUGAUGGCAGUAGACAUUACCGUAGGAGUAGGAGUCGGAGCCGCAGUAGGAGCAGGAGUAGAAGUAGGAGCUUGCAAGCUGGCGCUGCACUUCAUUUGAGUCCACAAAGAGAUGUAAACAAGGAUAGAACAUCUGCAUCUAGCAAUCUGGCAAAACUUAGGGAUCUUUAUGGUGAUAUGAGUGAACAAAAAGGGGAUGCUAGUAUGGAUAGGAUUCCCAGGAUUGACAAUGGUGGUGAAGAGGUGAUUAGACUUGGUGGUUCUCGAUGGAAAUAG